AGAGAGAACUGACUACAGGAGUGUACCUUGUGAUUACCAAAAUGUAAACAAAAGAGUUGGUGCAAAACAGCAAUAUCAGCAGUCAAAAAGAUGUGCAAUAUGUUAAUGUCAAAUGUCUAUGCAUUUUACUGUAAUUACAGUAUUUAGCCCUUGCAAAGUAAAUUUUAUACGUAGCAUUUUAUAUUUUUUCUUAUGGUUACGUCAAAUGUCGAUGCAUAUAGUGGUGCCAUUACUCGUCGUCAUCUUUUUUUUUCUCUCGCUCUCUUUCCCUGGUGUUUUCACCAGAAAGUUAACCGUUUAAUUAACUCAGCUAAGCUUCAUGUCCACAACAAUUAACAACAUUAAAAUAUAAUUAAAUAAAUACUUGUUUAAAGGUGGAAUAUAUUGUCUGGUCGCUUGAGGAUGUACAAUGUGAAAACGUGUUACAUGGCUUAAAAUCACUCCUGAUUUAGUAACCUAUUCACUGUUAACGUUUGCUGUAUAAUAAUUGUUUUCAGCAGAAUAAAGAUUUAAAAUAGUUGACACCGUUUUGAAGAACUCAACACAGUCCCCUGUCUCCUGUCUGCUCUGAGAAAGUGAACGACGCCAUCAUCAGCUAAAGUGUCGACACUUCCAACGUUAAGCUUUCCAGGACCAUGGUCACCUGUGUGGCUUCCAGCUGUGAUGUUGCUUCUUAUGGAGGCAACAAAGCAUUUCCUGCUAAAAAGCCAAAUACACAAGUGGCCUUAAACAGUGCCGAUGGCAUCAAUCUGCCACAGAAGAUCCUGUUCCAAUCAGAGCGUCUCAGCAUGAAAUGGACCCAAGUGCACCAUAUUGGAGCAGGUCUUCAAAACCUGGGCAACACAUGUUUUCUGAAUUCAGCUCUUCAGUGUCUUUCUUACACUGCACCCUUUGCCAACUACAUGUUGUCAGGAGAGCAUUCCAAAACAUGUCAUGAAUCUGAGUUUUGCAUGCUGUGUACGAUGCAAAAUCACAUUACCCUGGUGUUUGCUAAUUCUGGGAAUGUCAUUAAACCCAUUGGCGUGCUGCAUGAACUAAAACGGAUUGCAGAGCAUUUCCAGUAUGGAAAUCAAGAAGAUGCCCAUGAGUUCUUGCGGUACACAGUGGAUGCUAUGCAAAAGUCCUGCCUGUCUACUGAUAAGUAUAUACAGGGCACUAAUCUGAUCCAGCAGAUAUUUGGAGGACAUCUGAGGUCUAGAGUAAAGUGUCGGAACUGUAAAGCCGUAUCAGAUACAUUUGAUCCUUAUAUGGAUAUUGCACUGGACAUUGAGAAUGCACCAUCUAUUAAUAAGGCUCUUGAGCAGUUUGUGAAGCCUGAGCAGUUGGAUUGGGAGAAUGCAUACAGGUGCAGCAGUUGUAAGGAAAUGGUUAAAGCGUCCAAAAGAUUAACCAUUCACCGCAACUCCAACGUGCUCACCAUCUCCCUGAAACGCUUUGACUUCAGUGGAGUCAAAAUCUCCAAGGAUGUGAGCUACAAUGAGUAUAUUGACUUGCGGCCCUACAUGUCUAAGUCUCGUGGAGAGCCGCAGAUUUACGGGCUGUAUGCUGUACUGGUUCACUCAGGCUUCAGCUGCUAUGAAGGACACUACUACUGCUAUGUAAAGGCAAGUAAUGGCCAGUGGUAUGAGAUGAACGAUUCAUCAGUGACUCCCACUGAUAUUCGUUCUGUGCUGGACCAACAAGCAUACCUGCUGUUCUACAUCAAGCAAGGGACAACACAUCUAAAAAAUGGAGAUUUUAACCACAAGGGUUUUACUGCAGGCCACUCAUCUGCCCGGCCAGUUGUAAAACAGAGGCUAAAUGGGCAUUCUUGUACCUCCUCACCUAUAAUUGGCCCACAGCUCCCUCACAUGCUAAAGAAUAAUUCAUAUGUGAAUGGCAAUGGCUCCUCGAAGGAACAUAACAAUGGCUUAGAGCCCAGCAGCAGUGGCAUUAGUGAAUGGAAUCCAACAGACUCUCAGAGAUCCAACAGCCUCUCAGAGUCUUACACAGGUGCAAAUGGUUCAGGACACAGGCAUGUGAAUGGCCAUCACAAAGUCAAUGGCUUCAAACAUUCUGACAAGACUUCAGACAGUCCUGCCUCUGCUUCUUCCAUAACUGACUCUGAUUCGCAGCGUGUGUCAAACUGUCCCAGAUCAGAGGGCCUUCUUUCCCCAUCAAUCGGUACAGAAAGGGCUAAACCACUCACCAACCCUCUUGUUCAGCGUGUCUCGAACCCAGCACCCACACUGGGCACAGACAUCCAGGCAUUGUCUAAGCCAGCAGAGGUGAUGCCUAAAACACAGGUGACCUUAACAGAGGCGUCAAGUAAAGAGAAGGCCACAAAAGAGUCUGCUGUGAGCAAUCACAAUCUCACCCAGCAGAAGAAUGAUAAACCUCCAUCACAAAGAAGUCCCAAGAUGGCAAAUAUCUGUAAACAAACAAAUGGCAAAGACAACAUGAAAAUGUGUCAGUCUGGCAAACCCAGUUCUUUGAAACGGAAAAGAUCGGCUGAGCGCCAAGAGCAUUACCGAUAUUUGACUACCAAUCAGGACAAGGAUGGAGAAAAAAAGAGCAGUCGAAACUACAAAGAGCAUUAUGGAGACAGCCAUCAGUCAGAAAAAGAGUAUUACCCACCUAGGAAACGCUUCCGCAAUUCCUCCAGAGAUAAAGAGGCAGCUCAGUCCUGGGACAAAUACGCGGACCAUCACAGAGACUACCACUACAAAAGAGGGAGAGAGGAGUGUUUGUGGGAUCGGGAGUGGGACAGGAGAUACCAGACCUCGCACCGCUCUUCAAGCCACUAUCAUAGAGAACCAGAUUCGCGCCAUGCACGCGAAGACCGGUGUGAUAAGUGGCACUACAGCGGAGAGCAGAGCAGCAAACGAGCAAAGAUUGCUAAUCUCUACAUUCUACCAUCUUCACCAUCCCAAGUAUAGUGUAAGCAUUGUUGUUAUAUUUUAUAUAUAUAGUUAUCUAUUCAUGAUCUUAUCUUAUGCUUUUUCUUCAUUUUUAUUCACAUAUGUUUUGAGGGCAAAAUAAAUGCCCUUUUUAUUUUCCCAA